AUGGGUCAACCAGUGGAGAAUCAGGCUAGCCAUCACGCAGUGACCAUACUGGAGGGUUAUGCCAAGAUGAUUAACCAGACCAUCCAGGGCCAAAUCAGGGAUGACGGUGAACAACAAAACUGCACAUUGUGCGGUAUCUAUGGGAUGAUUGAACAGCCGAAGGAGGACUUCAGGCAGGCUAGCCAAGGGAAAGUGCCGUUCCAGAUUAGUGACAAACAGCAUGAACAUUUGUUCCAGGAGAAGACCCACACGAACAUCUCUCACUGUCAGUUGCUGCAGCUCACUUUUAAUGCCAGCUGCAGGGACUCUCUCGGUGAGGCACUGGGCUUGGUGCUAGGGAUUCCAGUUAUCCCCAGUGACAAAGCUGGGAUGAGGCCUUUUGAAGUCGAAAUUAAUUUAUUGGCGAUUGUUAUCCUUUACCGGGGAAAGUGUGGUGUUUCCCCCUGCACUGCUCGCUACCUGGUGGUUAUGGCAGCUGCCGAUCUGAUGGUUAUUAUCACUGAUGUUGUACUGAGGAGAUUUCCCUAUUAUUAUUAUGGGCAGUGUUUCCUGGACAUCACUCCUGUGUGUAGCGUUAUUGGGGUCCUGUUUCGUACAGCCACUACCUGCUCUGUCUGGUUCACUGUCACUUUCUCCUUUGACCGAUUUGUGACCAUUUGUUGCCAGAAGCUGAGAACAAAAUAUUCUACUGAGAAAACUGCAACUGUGGUACUAGCAACAACCUGCACCCUGCUCUGUCUGAAAAACAUCCCCUUCUAUUUUCAAUAUGAACCUCGGACGAUAAACAACAAUGUGCCGUUCUACUGCAAAACAAAGUCAAGCUACUUUACUGAGACUUGGUGGGUGAUAUUAGAUUGGCUUGAUACAGUUUUAACCCCUUUACUGCCAUUCGCUUUAAUUCUGUCUUUCAAUGCUCUGACAGUCAGACACAUUUUAGUGACCAGUCGAGUCCGGAACUGCCUGAAGGGUGAGAGCAAAGGAGAGAAUCGCAGAGACCCAGAGAUGGAGAGCAGAAGGAAGUCUGUGAUUUUGCUCUUCACCAUAUCUGGGAGCUUCAUCCUUCUAUGGUUAAUAUUUGUUGUAAAUUUCUUAUAUUAUGUCAUUCAAGGAAUGAAUACUGCCGAUUACUCGCCGUUUCUUUAUGACUUGAGCGCUGUUGGUUUUAUGCUGCAGAACCUAAGUUGUUGCACAAACACAUUUAUUUAUGCAGCAACAUUGUCUAGGUUCAGAGCAGAGAUCGGUUAUGCGGUAAAAUACCUGGUUAUACGAUUUCCUUGCAUUAUAAAAAACUCUUCAGUGUAG